AUGACACUUUGGAAAUCCCCUCAUCCUGAAUUAGACUUCCCAACCAAUCUCACUACUUGGGAAUGGGCUUUUGAGUCCGAGGAGUUCUCGCCAUGUCGUGGGGACCCCGCAACCCUUGGGGGUUACAGUAACGCCGCUACCAGGGAACGUCUCAACUUUGCUGAGGUCAAGAAAACAGCCACACAAUUAAGCACUAUUCUAGUGCUCAAGUAUGGACUGCAGCCGCAGCAGACGGUCUCGUUGUUCAGCUCCAAUACAAUAUGGUACCCGGUUGCUAUGUGGGCUACUGUCAGGGCAGGCGGGAGAGUCAACGGCGCAUCGCCUUCGUAUACAGUCGAGGAGAUGGUCCAUGCCCUUCAGACUGCGGAAGCCAGAUUCUUGAUGACGAUACCCAGCUCUCUCGAAAUCGCCCUGGCUGCUGCUACCGGCGCGGGCAUACCCAAGGAUCAUGUUCUACUUCUAGAGGGUUCUGCACCUGGAUUCACUAGCAUCCAACAGCUGAUAUCUCUCUACGAGCAUGAUCAGUAUAGAGCUGUUCCGUUCUAUCACAUCCCGAUGGGCAAGACGAACAAAGAUAUAUGCGGCUACCUCAACUUCAGCUCAGGCACCACCGGCCUCCCCAAAGCUGUGAUGCUUUCUCAUCACAACGUGAUAGCUCAGUGUCACCAGCUUCGUCAGCUGCAGCUGCUACCCGCCGAUGGCCGCUACCGGAUCCUCGCCGUUAUGCCGCUAUUCCACAUCACGGGGCUUGUACGAUUCUGCCACUACCCGGUGUUCAUGAACGGAGAGUCCAUCAUGUUGCCAAAAUUUACCAUGGACUCGAUGUUAAGCGCAAUUAUCGAGCAUGUUGUGGAAGAACUCAUUCUCGUCCCGCCCAUAAUAGUGCGCGUGGUUCGGGACCCUGUUGUUGACAAAUACUUGCCGGAUCUGAGGCGUAUAGUGAAGAGAUGGUCAUCAGGCUCCGCGCCGUGUUCGCCCGAGAUAAUUGACCAGCUUCAUGCCAAGUUUCCCAACACCGGGUUCCGCCAGGGCUAUGGCGCUACGGAAUCCACAGCGUGCAUAUCUUCUCAUCCACCGUCCCACUUUGACUUUAAAUACGCCAAGACCGGCGGUAAGCUGGUUGCUAACACGAUUGCCAAGGUUCUCUCUCUCGAUGAGCCCAGAAGACUUCUUGGUCCGGGAGAGACUGGCGAGAUUUGUGCCCAGGGACCUCAGAUCGCCAUGGGCUAUCUAGGCAAUGAAGAAGCAACAAAGGAGUCGUUCGAUGAGGAGCACUUUCUCCACACUGGGGAUGUCGGGCACAUUACAGAGGAUGGUCUGAUUUGUAUCGAGGACAGAAUCAAGGAAAUGAUCAAGGUUAAAGGCCUCCAGGUCCCCCCGGCAGAGCUGGAAGACGUAUUGCUGAGCCAUCCCAACGUCGAGGAGUGUGCAGUCUUGGGUAUCCCGGACCCAUAUUCUGGCGAAAAGCCGAAAGCGUUUGUUGUCCCCAAGUCUGGUAUACGACCCAGUGAUUCCUUUGGGCAGGAAUUACUGUCCUUAGUAAAAGGGAGAAAGGUGCGCUAUAAGUGGUUAGCAGAGCUGGAGUUUACCGAUGAAAUUCCACGAAACGGCACAGGAAAGCUGCUGCGGAGAGUCUUGAAAGUCAUGGAACAAGAUCGGAAGCGACAGCGAGGAUUGACCGUAGUUGAGAAGAGAGUCUGGAUGGCCAAGCUUUGA